UCUUUUCCCCACCUCUAUUAUCUACUUGGCUGCCUCUGCCUGUUCCAUAUCCCCUUCUUUCCAGCACUCUCUCGCUCACUCUCUCUCUCUCUCUCUCUCUCUCUCUCUCUCUCUCUCUGUAGCUAAUUUUUCCCCAUUGCCCCACUCUCAGUCAGCAUGGUAAACAGAUAACUGCUAAGCUGUUGAACAUGGGCGCCUGCCUCUGCAAAGGUCACCAAGAGCUUCAAAAUGGCCAGCAAUACCCCAUGGAAGAGCUUCAGUCCUAUGCUGAGGGACAGCCUAUUUUCAAGGAUAACCAUCAGCCCUACAAUGGCAGCAUGUCAGAUAAAAGGACCAGCAGUGGAUAUGACAUUGGAGAACUGGCUACAUCCUCCCUACUGGGACUGCUUGCCACAAUUAAGGACCACAUCACCAAACCCACUGCGAUGGCCCAGGGCCGGGUUGCCCACCUGAUUGAGUGGAAGAGCUGGGGAGGGGAGGCGACGUCUGGAGGGGGUCGGUGUGGCCGGACUCGAGAUGGACAGAGCUGGGAAGGUUUAGGAGCAGCACUGCAGGAGGAUGAGCAACUUUACUCCCACCUCACUGAUGAAAUCAAGGAAGCACGAUUUGCUGCGGGUGUCGCAGAGCAGUUUGCACUGGCUGAGGCAGCAAUGAAUGCCUGGUCCACACAGGACAUUGAAAAUCAAGCCACAGCCAGCACAAUCCCAUUACAAAAUCCCGAGGGACUUUAUCUCUCUCAGUUCCUCUUGGAUGGAGGCAGUCUUGGUGUUCCUCAGCACCUAUACAGGAUGCACAUGGAUGCUAAUGAUGACACCAGCUCCUUGGCACCUUCUCAGCCUCCUCCGUCCCAUUCCCCCAGUCAUUUUCACUCUCCACUGGACAUACAGCAUCCUAAAAUGGAGCAGAGAAUCAAGCCAUCGGAAGGGUCCAUGCGACAUGCAGACAGCAUUUCGCUGUCUGAGGAUGAGGUUUUUUACAACUAAGAUAUUGACUGCUGUUGACACAAACGAGAACAAUAAGUGGCAGCAUUUUUGUCUAUCAAUUGUGCUUGCUGAUGUGGGAGAGCCAGUGUGACUUUAUGUCUGAAGGGGUUAUCAGUUUACUGAUAAAGCACAUAAUAGCCACCACCGAGCCUCUUCAACAAGCAAUGAAUGCCAGGAUCAUUGUACACACGGACAGGUUACUUCCACAUCACAUAGCCUUUUUGCUAAUGACAGCAUCCCCAUUUUCAGUAAUGACAAUUAUAACUCAACAGGGUCAAACCAAUUUUAUCUGGAAAAAGGUAUAAGGUCAUCACCAAUCCAGGGCCAUAAGACAAAUUAAUGCAUAAAUGCUUUUGAAAUUACACCUUGCUUGACAGAAUGUUGAUCAAGACCUCAAUGCCCUUUCAUCUUGAACUGUGUGCUUGUAAGCAAAUACCUUUUUUGAGCAACCUUUCAGACUGCUCAGAUCAAAAAGAAGCCUAUUAGCACUAUAGACUGAAGAAGAGACAGCCGAAAUAAAAAUGUGCUUUCAUCUCCCAGAUACGGCACAGACAUUUUCCUGGUGCAUUUCCUCAAGGAACAGUUAGAUGAGAUUACAUGGUGUGAGAACUCUCGCGCGGAGGUUGAAAGUGACUUACGUCUUUGUGCAAUGCUGCUGUCAAUAAUACGUUUGGAUGGUGAGAUUUUUGAUGUUACUAAAUGUUUCCAUGGAGAUUUCAGAUGUAAAAAUAUCCAACACAACAAAUUACUGGAUGUGUCCUGAAGAGUGUAAUUUCUGUGCCACUAACAUCACCAAACGGAACUGUGAAAAAUAAUGAUUGUUUUGUGUCUGACCAAUGGCAUGUAGGGGGGACUACAUGCCAUUGGUCAGACACACAGCUGUUUUAAACCCACGUUAUUGGUUGAGCCAAUGUUACUGUGUCAGGCUGGUUGGAAUGCUCAAACAAACAGAGCAAUGUUUUGAUAGCACCACAGAGCCACAUUGUUUACAAUUUUUUGGUGAAAUCAUCCUAAAAAUUGCGUAUAGUUUUCUCUGCAAUUUAAGCUGGGAUGUUAAUUAUUUUAACAUUGGGGAAAAAAAACACUUCAGCUUUUAAAAAAAGUUACAGUUGCCACAGACUCAUACUCUGCUUCAAAAGUGUUACCACAGCUGCCUUUGAGAAAUUUGCCUCCGUGUUGUGUUAAUUAUUGUGUCAAUCUGUUCUACUUGUGCAAAGUCAUCUCUAUGUAUAAAUUAUUAUUUAAUCUUUAAGAGAUCUCAAAUCUAUAUUGUGGCAGAAAAUGCUUGCUAACAAGAUAAUUUUUGUGUGUUCGUGCAAGGGUGACAAAGAGACAAAAGAGGUGGAAAAACAUUCGUCUGCCUUGUCUCCGUAAUUAGCCUUAUUCACACUCCACUGACAAAGAGAGGUGAUGGAGAGAGAGUGUGAGAUAGUUAGACGUUAUUGUUAUUAUAAUAUUGUUAUUAUAGUUUUAUUUUAUUCCUUGCACCUUAUUUUAAUUCAAUUUUAUUGUUAUUUGUUACAAUUGUAUUAUUAUUUAUCUUGUCAUGAUCUGUUUUGUGUUUUACUGCUUUGGCAAUAUUGUAUGUAAACACAAUCAUGCCAAUAAAGUACUUUAAAUUUAAAUAGUUAGAAAUGCAUAGGAGGAAUAAGAGAUGGUGGGGAUUAUAGUAAAUGCAGAGGCAGGAGAUGAAGAAAGAGAAAAUGGAGGGAGGAAGAGCAGUGAUGUUUGGAGGUGGUAUGGUCAAGUCUUCAUGCUCCAGGGUCUUCUAAUAGAAGUUUACACAGUGUGAUCCUUGUGUGCAGUGUCAGAUAAUGUGUGUGGCUGCUUCUGUGGUCCGGGAGAGGUUUGCAGUAGGACUUAAAUGAGUAGAUAAAGGCUCUGGGGUGGAGAGCUGAAUUAAAAUUACGUUUGUAACUGGAAUUAAAUUUCAGCAAAAUAUUAAGGAAGAAUACAGUGAGAUUUUAAAUGAAUUCUUAUAAAAACUUUUUUGGUGGAAAAAGCAAUUGGUGUUUAAAGCAUACAAGGAAUAACUGCAGAAACACAGAGACAAAUAAUGAAUUUGGGAUGGCAAAAAAAAAUCAAAGAAAGGCCUUUUAUUACUGAAGCAUUUCUUUCACACUGUUCCUUUUUUACCCUGGUGUUGGUCUCACAAGGCUAACAAGCUGUUAGAGGUUACAAACAUAUACAGAUGCAAUUAAAAUUAUUUUUACUAUAUAUGUUCAUUAACGCAAUUUACUAAUAUAUAGUCAAUUGCAUUAAUGAACAUGCACUUAAAAUACUGUGAAUACUUCUAGAUACCUUAUUAUCUGAUUACAUUACUGUUAUACAAUUAAUAUAAAAAUGUAUGUAAAGAUAUGUAUAUAAGUUCAUCUUUUCAUAGCAAAAAUAAACAUUUAAAAAAUUAACCUCUAUUUAUUUGAGUUCUGUGACUUGACUCAACUUGACUUGAAACUCAUCAGGUCUCAACUUCACUUGCUUGAGGUGAGUCACUGACUUGACUCGUUUGAUUUGUCUGCACUGCACUUGAGACUUGCUUGUGACUUGAACAUGUGUGACUUGCUCCCACCUCUGGUGAGUAUAUAACCUAAUAUUUCUAAAUAGCAGGACUUUUUAAAAAUACAACUGUGUCAUAAUUAUUCAACCCCUAUUGCAUGUAGCUGUUUCUUAAAUAUGUAAGUCUACACAAGUAAUUGUUUUAAAACAAAAUUAACCUAUCACUGUACAAUGGCAUUUAAGUUUUAAAAUGUAAGUUUAGUUUCACAAGCAAAAAUGGAUUUCCAUGCAAAAAAAUGCAAUAAAAAAUAAGCUGUCACAAAAGCUAAUAGAGGAGAUUAUUUCAUUACACAAAAAAGGUCAUGGCUAAAAGUACAUUUCCAUGGCACUUCAAUAUCCAAUAGGCAAAGUUGGCAGCACCAUUCAUGCAUUUUUAAAAUAUGGUUCAACAGCAACCUUCUUGGGUGUGGAAAAAAGCAAAACUUCAAGAGAAAUGUUGAAGAAGGAAUUUGGAAAGACCUGUGGAGUCCUGGAAGAAGGUUUUAUACAGAUGGGUCAGCAGUACAUGUGGAGUAAGAUGACAAGAAUGACACCAUCCCCACAGUCAAGCAUAAAGAUGGGUCAGUCCUGUUAUGGGGGUGUUUUGCGGCUGCAGGAAAUGGCUAUCAGGCCAUUUUGGCAAAAAUGUGAUGUCUUCAGUGUGUAAAUUGGAGCUCGGUGAUCACUGGAAUUUCCAGCAAGACAUUAAAACCAGGGAUACAUCCAAGAUGUUAAAAAUCUUGUCCUUGAAUGGCUCUUUCAGUCCAUCUUUAAAA